AUGCAGUCCCCCACAAUGACCUCAUCUUUUGCCAGUAUCGAUGGUUUGACCACGCCUCCUUAUUCAUCGAAAUCAUUCACAUACAAGAAAGGUGGGCUUAAUGGUUAUGCUGGCUCUCGCUCCGCGAGCGGCAACUAUAGCUCUAUCAAUCAGGUUGUGCACCAAGGCAACAAUGGCUACAAGAGUGGUGUCGUCCAAGAGACUGUACUGGCUCUGAAGAAGAAAAGUAUGGCUCAGCUUGGCGCUGGCGUAUACCAGGGCGUUGCAGGCACAACGUUCAUUCACCGUUGGGAUCGUGUCCUGAUCAGGGCUCUCUUCUUUGCAGAGCAGCUCCACAACCUUGAUUCGGCAGUCCGAGGAUUCGCUCUAGACAACCACGCUGCUGCCUCCUUGGGCUACGACCAUGCGCGUCUUCUCCUUGAGCUUGGCUCGGAAAACUCGGCGGCCCUUGAUCGUGCCUUUGCCGUCUUCUAUAAGCUUUCGCUAUCUUUCUCCACGAUCCUUCAAAGAGUGGAACUACUCGCCUCUACAGCUACAGCCGAUGUGCACGAGCAGCUAAAUCUGAUGUACGCUGACUUGUUGUCUCUCGUGGUUGAUGUUGCCAUUACCUUCUACAAGGCCGUGAAAGGCAUGUCAACGUCAUCGGUCAGCAUCGACAUAUUCGAGACCUUCGGCGACACAAUUGACAGCUUUCACUCUCGGAGAAAGAAGAUCGUUGAGUCACUAUGGAGCUCUCAGAUCGAGGACCAAGGCCUCGAAGCUGGUGAAGCCAUCGAUUUUGUGACCAUCAACAGGUGGCUAGCCCCCCAGGACCGGGUGCUCGCAACCCUCAGCCGCGAUCAUACUAUCGUUGCUGAGAACCAGGCCGAGUUCACCUGCUUGUGGUUCCAAAAGCCGCUCACUAGGUUCAUCAACGGCAAGGACCAAUUUCUGCACAUUUCUGGGCAAUCAGGAUCAGGGAAGAGCACUCUAGCGGGCUCGAUCACGGAUAGGCUGCAACGACCCAUCAGCAAAAAGACAUACGAUACUGCGUAUGUUUCAAUCAGUGCUUCCAUCCCUUCGCAAGCUACAUCAUUAGCACUGGUCAAGACACUGCUUUUUCAACUCCUCAACUUGAGAGUGGGUAAUUUGGCGAUGUAUUACUCAUUAGCUUGGGCGUAUAGUGAGUGUCGCAACGCCGCUAGUGGCCAAGCAUACGAAGAGUUGCUGUGGAAAGCACUUUCCGACAUCCUCAAGCAGCCAAUCGAGGGCGGGAACGACCUCAUCAUCGUGGUGGAUGGCAUUGAUGAGCUCAAAGGUGCUCAGGUGCCAUCCAAAAUUGUGGAGAAGCUGCUGAGCAUCGUUGCUCAAGGAGUUAGGGCAAGACUGAUCGUCCUAUCUACCCCAGCAGUGUCAACCCCCAGUAACGGAACACGUUAUGAGGUUACUCAUAGAGACAUCCAUGAUGACAUCCACGCCGUCAUCCUGCGAUCUCUCAUCCACAACCACCAUUUCCAUGGAAAGCACCCUCCCGAGCAGGAGACAGUUCUCGACAACCUCAUACAUGCUGCGAAAGGGUCUUUCCUCUGGGCUAUCAUUGCCGGCGAGAUUCUGAACCUUGACAAGUCGAGUGAGAGCUUUAACAAGACCUUGGAGACCCUGAAGUCAUCGCAGGGCGACGUUCAGGCGUUGGUCUUGAAGCUCUUCACAUAUUUGCCACUCACAAACGAUGCGAAGGUUCUACUGUCAUGGCUUCUCACCGUGGAGCGCCCUCUCACAGUUGAGGAGAUUGAGAGUCUCUUUUCCAUUGAUGUCCAGAGAGCGACUAUGUCACAUACUACUGUCGACAUCCACUCUACGAUACAAUCUCUGCGGCCCUUUGUCACGACCCAGGAGCACAUUGUGCGCUUCAAGCACCCGGUAAUUCAAUUUACUCUCCGAGACCUUGCGCAUCAAAACAGAGUUCAGAUACCCGUCAAGGGUAGCCAGACUGGCGUUCUAUUACGAAUCUUAGCCUACGUAAAAGCCACUCUACGCGAGAAGCGGGAGCCAGUCGUAGACGGGCUUGACCCCCAUCACGCUGAGCGCCUCUUUCAUCAACACCAUUUUCUAGAGUACAUCGUUCGCUAUUGGGUCGACCACUUUCGCCAAACUCCUUUCUACUCUUCCGGUCUUUCGGAGUUCAAACCGUCACCGGAACUGCAGCACGUCUUCCCAGAUACCACGACCAUGGUCCUCUUGGAGCAGGUUUGCUGGGAUACGCAGCUUCCUGCUUCGGAUGCUGUUGAGAGGCACACACUUGUAGGCGGCAUUCGCAAGCGGGUCUUCACGGAGAACCACUUCACGGUACUCCAAACGUACUUGACGUGCGCUAGUCUUUACACCACGCUGUCGAGACCGAAGGAUGCCCAAAUUUACUUCUUCACAUCUGCGAAGAUCGGUCGCACGAUCCUGAGCGAUAUCCACCCUGUGACCAUCGAGUGCGCCGUGCGCUUCCUCAAGAUCACCGACAGCCUCACGACCACUACCAGGACUGAGAUUAUGACUCAUAGAGAGGAGCUACUUAUCGUCCUGAUCACGGCUUAUGAGAGACAGUAUGGUCGUUCCUCCGAGCUGGUCAUCAAGACUCGUGAAGCUUUGGCUCAGCUCUACAUCUCCAUCAAAGAGGAAGAGCGUGCACACGAGAUCUAUCGAAUCAUCCAGGAGAUCACAAUAGAGCAUCAUGGCAAGCACUCUCACGAAGCCAAGGAACUGCGUGGUCGACUGGGUGUGGUGCUUGGCAAGGGCAAGGAUGACCAUGACCUCGAGACGUAUAAGGAUUCUUUCUUCACCGAUGACGAUGAAGAGGACAGAACGAUUAAUGUUUUUGACACAAAUCAGGUCAUCGUUUGGCUUCGCCGGGCCGAAGAGUACUUCGCUCGUGGAGAGAUCGUUCUGGCCGAGAAGACCUACGUCGAACUCUGGCAACAGAUCUCUCACCGAUGCCGCACUGUGCAGUCAGUGGAGUGGCAUGAGAAGCAUCUCGAUGUCACAACAGCGUACUCUCGAUUCCUGAUAUCCCAAAAGCGCACUUCUGAAUCGUCUUCUGUGCUCAUCUCCGUCUGGCGGCUGUACGAGCAGCAUCAACUUGCCUACUCCGAGAGCAUCGUGACUCGGCUCACAGCUGUCGCGAAGACUAUCAAGUCGCUCGGUCACUACGCGGUAGCUCUUUCCAUAUUCAAGUACGCAAGCUCGUACUACAAGAGUGUACGAAAGGAAGAGUCGUCUCACUCGACCGAGAUCAGUCGCGAAAUCUCGUCCACCUCGACCGAACUGAUUCAGCAAAGUCUUAGUAGCACGACAACUAUCACUCAAACCACUGGAACCGUGUCAGACUCGGUCUUCCAGAGCAUCUUCCAGUCGAUCAUUAGCAGCAAAACCUUUGAUGCUUCGACCAUUGCUUUAGCCAAGAAGUUGACGACCCAGUACUUUGAGCAGCGCAAUUGGUCUGCAUCUAUUACUGUCAUCAAGUCUACUCUGGAUCGGACCUGGCGCUCUUUCUUCGCCGGUUCAGUUCACGAUGUCACCUUGACGACUACUUUCUUGAAGGAGUCAGUCGAGCUCAUCGAAACCCUAGCAGAAGUGUUUCGACAACAGCGACGUAUUGACAAGGUGGAAGAUGUCUUCGUCCGGUUUUUCCGGGCAGUGCUCUCCUCGCCGACCACAGACAAGUCCAUCUUCGAGAAGGCCAAGACGCUAUUGGUGACUUUCUAUGACAAGCGUGGGUACCCGGAUAACGCGAUCAGCGUGUUCCAGGACGUCUUAGUCGUGUAUAGGAACGUGUACGGAUCGACACACGAGCUGACUAUCAAAACUUUGUACACACUCGGCUCACGAUGCAAGUCUCAUCCUCGAAACCACCCAUACUGGAUCGACUACUAUCAGCAGAUCGUGACCAGCUUGAACAAGGAAUCUCACCACUGUCAUCACGACGCUAUGGAUGCGAUCAUAAUCGUGGUGACUUCGUACUGGGAGGAUCGUCGUUACGCUGAGGCUGUCACCGUGUUCGGGGUGCUCUGGAACACUUUCAUUCUCAAGACUAAGGAGUACAAGCAGUUCACUGAUAGCACCUUCGUGCAGACUCUCUACGAACGGUACUUCCAGUGUCUCGAAGAGACUGGUGUCAGUUGGUCAAUCCUGCACAAGACCACCAAGGAGUAUCGCGAAACUUCUCUCGCUAUUUUUGGCGCUGAGUCCACCAUUGUUGCCGAGGCUACGCUGUCACUUGCACGCGUUACACAACGAAGUGAAGAACACGCAUCUGAAGCCAUCUCGUGGUACGAACAGGCUUCCAAGUACAAAUCAAUCUCGACCAGUGUUACGGAGAUCAAACAACAGCUUUCUUCCUUGUAUGUUCGUCAGCUCAAGUCGACAUCGUCUUCUACCGUUAAGGCCGAGACGAUUGACCGUGCUAUUACUAUUCACGAGGAACAGUACAGUGAGAUCACGAAGAAGUACGGUUACUCGCAUGAGUCGUCGCUCACAGAACUUCGUGAGCUCACACAGCUGUACCAUCGCCAGAAGAAGACGGACAUUGCCGUGCGACAGCUGACUACAGCAGUCAGCUCUAUUCUGACUCAUGAGUCGUCCUCGCAGAAGUUGAUUGAGUCGGCAUCAUAUAUUGCAACCUCCUUCCAGUCUGUCCAGCAAGAACAGUACUGCACGCAGCUGAUCCACGAGCUCCAUCGCCAGAUUUGCGCUCGUGACACUCGUUCCGUAUCCAAGUGGUCCUUUGACCUAACAAAGACCAGCCGUACUACUCUGGUCUUCUUGGCUUCACUUCAGUACAACCUUCGAAAGGACUUGGCAAUUACUUUCUCGGAGAUUUUGGCAGACUUGACUGCGGAGUAUAUCUACUUCGAGCAGUUCAGGCAAGCAUUAGCGAAGGGUAGCGUGAGAAAUCUCCUCGUGGUUGCCGCUCCUCUGCGAACAUUCCUGCUCAGCCACCAUCUCCCCGACUCUGCUACCUUCGUGGAAGACGAAGUGCUCAGGGUGUUCUUGAAGCGCGAUGCUGCCGACCUACACCCCUUGAGCAAAGAGUCGCCUCGCCUCUUCAUUGUCUCCAUCUUGCAGUACCUGGGCAGCCGUAAGAGCACCAACUUCAACAAGGCUGUCAUCCUCGCAUCCAACGAGCAUGUUGCCUCUCUCAACAAAGCCAAGAGGUUCCCCGAAGCCUACGACAUUGCCAACCUUGCUUUCUUAUUCGCCAGCAACCAUGACGGCUACAACGGGCUGCACUCCAUCAGUCACGGCUUCAAGCUCGCCUCGCUCCUGGUCGGAAAGGAUGGAGAGAAGUCGCCCGACGCCAAUCUACGCAAGAAAACCCUCGAGCUCUCCAACCGCAUCGUCAAGAAGAUUCUAGAGAUCACCAAGAGUCUGAAGAUCAAUCUUGCCCAGGUGCAAAUCACCGAAAUGAGCCAACUCGCUGCCUUACUGGGCGAACAGCAAGACUACACAACAUUAGAGUGGCUGCUCACAACCCUCUGGCACACGCGCGACGCUCAACGCAACUGGCCCGCCAGCGUCCUCGUCAAUCUCGGUCACCGCCUCGUCUGCGCUCGCUACCUCGCCGGCCACCCCGUCAAAGCAAUCCGCCUCUGCGAAGACAUCGCAUACAACAUGCGCCGCGCCCACGGCCCACGUGCCCCCGUCACCAUCCAGACGUACGAGCUCCUCGCGCAACUGUACACUAGCACAGGGCUAUCCUACCAGUCGAAGGCCGGAACCGAGAAGACGGGCGCCCUCGCCACAGAACACUUCAAGAAAGCGCUCACCGUGCACGAGGACAUCCUCCGCCUGCUGGUCCAAGACGAUGCAGACGAGGACUCUGACGACGACGACACGGCUGCGGCGAUGCUCGCUGAGCACCAUAGCAGCGUUAAUGGGAGUGUAGAUGGGCACUUUGCCUCGAGCUCUUCGCUCGACCAGUCUGCUGUUUCUAUUCCUAAUAAGGGCGCGCUGGCGCUGCACCAUUUGCAUCUUCUCAAGCUGGCGUUCCAACGUGUGGGGGGUUGGCCGAAGCACUACGCGGAGUAUGAGCGGUUGAACGCGAGCUUAUUUAGGGAGUUUGGGGGGAAAGAGGUGUGGAAGGGGGCAAAGGGUGUGGAGACGUGGAGUUCGAAGGGGUAUGGAGCGGGCAAGGCGGAGAGCGGGGAGGAGAAGGGCGUGCAGCAGAAUGGGGAUAAGGAUGGGAAGGCGUUGUCGUUGGAACGCAAGGUAGAGGAUGAGGAUGAUGGUGAGCUGUAG